GUUAAAACUGAACUCCUGAUUUUUUUAUAAAAAAAUAUCCUCUAGCGAAUCUAUGAUCUCUGUUUCUCUCUCCACGCACAUUCUAGAUUGCAAAGAUUCAAUCUUUAGCUCGAUCCUGCCUUCGAAAAUCUCAGACGUCAGUGUAGUGUAUGACGAUGGCGGAUUUAGAAAAUUUGCUGCUUGAGGCAGCGGGAAGGACUGGGAAAUCAGGAAGAAACAGGAAUUCAUUACCUCCAUCGAGGAGGCGAAAACAGGAGGGUUCAUAUUCGGAUGGUGGAAGUGAUUCUAGGGAUGAUGGUUCGGAUGAUGAUCGUGGGUAUGCAAGUAGGAAGCCAUCUGGUUCUCAAGUGCCUUUGAAGAAGAGACUGGAAACUAAUGAGAGGGAUGAUGAGGGGGGUAGUCAGGAAGAAGGUGAUUAUGAUGAUGGUGGUUCGGAUCGUGAGGGUGAGAGUAGUGAUGGAUCGGAUAUUGGUGAUGAUCUUUACAAAGACGAGAAUGAUCGGCAGAAGCUUGCUCAGAUGAGUGAACUUGACAGGGAGUUGAUAUUGGCAGACCGGGCAGACAAGAAAGGGGAUAAACAUUUGACUGAGAAAAUCAGAUCGAAAAGGGACAAUGAUAAGCCAACCCGAUCUAGAAAAGAGACUCCACCUCUUCCAUCGUCGCGUGGAGUGCGUUCGUCAGCUAGGUCAGCUGACAGGGCUGCUGCUAAAGAUGAUGCAUUGAAUGAAUUGAGAGCUAAACGAUUAAAACAGCAGGACCCGGAGGCUCAUCGCAAGUUGAGGGAUGCAUCUAGAGGAUCUGCUGGCAGCAGGGGCUUUGCACAAGUCAAGAAGAAUAAUUUCACUUCAGCACGUCUGAGUAGCUCUAGCAGUGAGAGUGAGAGUGGAAGUAGGUCUCACAGUGAGGAUGAAGGGUCAACAGGUGAUGGUGGAAUGGCAGAUAGUGAUGAGGAUGGGGAUCCUGGGUCCCGGGGGCCAACUUAUGAAGAUAUAAAAGAAAUUACAAUUCGGAGAACAAAACUUGCAAAAUGGUUUAUGGAGCCUUGGUUUGAAGAAUUGAUUAUUGGUUGUUUUGUGAGGGUAGGGAUUGGUAGAUCGAAGACUGGGCCUGUGUACAGGCUCUGCAUGGUCCGGAAUGUUGAUGCUGCAGAACCUGACAAACCAUACAAACUGGAGAAUAAGUCAACUUAUAAGUAUUUGAAUGUUACUUGGGGUGCUGAUAGCUCUGCUGCCAGGUGGCAGAUGGCUAUGGUGUCAGAUUCUGCACCAACUGAGGAAGAGUAUAAACAGUGGGUUAGAGAGGCAGAGCGUGGUGGUGGCCGUUUACCAAGCAAACAAGAUAUCUUGGAAAAGAAGGAGGCCAUACGUAAGUCAAACACUUUUGUGUACUCAGCAGCCACUGUGAAGCAGAUGCUGCAGGAGAAAAAAUCUGCAUCAUCGAGACCAUUAAAUGUUGCUGCUGAGAAGGACAGGUUGAGGAGGGAGUUGGAAAUUGCACAAAGUAGGCAUGAUGAGGCAGAGGUUGAGAGGAUAGAGGCAAGGAUUCUGGAACUGGAGGCAUCUCGGCAGGCUAAGGUGAAAGAUGCUAAGGCUCUUAGGUUGGCAGAAAUGAAUAGAAAGAACAGGGUUGAGAACUUCAGAAAUGCAUCAGAAUUGAAGCCUAUAAAUACAGGUCUAAAAGCCGGAGAAGCUGGGUACGAUCCAUUUUCAAGGAGAUGGACAAGGUCAAGGAAUUAUUAUGUUUCAAACCCUGCUGGAGGAGAUGAUGCUGUUGCAGCAUCGAAUAGUGAGGCAAAUGACACAGCGGCACUUGCAGAUAGUAAUCAUGUGGUAGCAGGGGCAAUUUCGGAGUCUGGUGUUGCUGCUACAGCAGCUGCCUUGGAUGCGGCAGCUGAUGCUGGGAAGUUGGUUGAUACCAGUGCUCCUGUGGAUCAAGGCACUGAGUCAAAUACAAUGCAUAACUUUGAGCUUGAAAUCUCACUGAUUGCACUGCAGAAGUUUCGUGGACCUCAGGGUGCCCAUGCAGGGUUCAUGGCUAGGAAACAGAGGAUAGAAGCAAAUGUUGGAUGCCAAGUCCGUGAGAAUGAUGGGAGAAGACAUGCUUUGACCUUGACUGUUGGUGACUACAAGAGAAGACGAGGGCUUCUCUGAAAUGCAAUGAUGCACCAAACAGCAUCUAUUUUAAUGAUUCUGAUAACAACCUCAGGUUCGCGGUCUACAGUAAAUCUGAUGAGUUAUGAUUAAUUGAUUAUGCUGUUAUUGAGUACAUUAAUGCAAGUGGUUUAAACUGUGAGACCACUGUAUAGAUUAAAUCGUUUUUAGUACUGACGUUUGGCGUUGUGUUACGUACUUUUGAUGGCGCUAAUGCAAUAUUUUCUGAAUGGUAUUGUUUGAGAUGCCAAGAUUAAUGUAUUUCAGAUUUUGUGGAGAGAA